ACCGUUGGCUGUGGGCUGCAAUAGAAGCCCUGAGCCGGAACACUGCGGAUCGGUUUGGAGUUAACUAGAAUUGGGAAAACCUCAAAAAUGCUGAAGCAACUUGCAUUGGUGCUGCUCCUCUGCGGCGUGGCCCUGGCGGGCCAGAGCUACGAUGGCUACAAGAUCUACGAUGUGCAGGCCCGCAAUUCCUUUGAGAAGCAGCUGCUGUUGCGUUUGUCCCAGAAUGAUGCCUACGACUUUUUUGAUCUGCCCCGCUCUCUGGACGCCUCUAGCCGCGUGAUGGUCAAGCCGGAGGAUCAGGAGGGUUUUGAGAUUCUUUUGCAAAAACACAACGUAGACUUUGUGGUGACUGAUGAGAAUCUGGGAGAGUCUCUGCGGCUGACCCAUGAGGAUAACCAGAAGCAGCGCCUGAUGAACCUGCGCUCCACCGGACGGAGCAUCAGCUUCACUGCCUUCCAUCGCCAUGCCGAGAUCAAUGCCUAUUUGGAUGAACUGGCCGCUGCCUAUCCCAGCCGUGUUAAGGUCGAGGUUGCUGGCAAGUCGUACGAGAAACGAGACAUCAAGACCAUCACGAUCAGCAAUGGAGAUGGCAAGACCGGAAAGAAGGUGAUCUUCCUGGAUGCUGGCAUCCAUGCCCGCGAGUGGAUUGCCCAUGCCGGUGCUCUGUAUGUCAUCCAUCAGCUGGUUGAGAACUUUGCCGCCAACUCGGAUCUGCUGAAGGACUUUGACUGGGUCAUCCUGCCCGUGGUUAAUCCCGAUGGCUAUGAGUACACCCACACGACAACUCGCCUGUGGCGCAAGACCCGCAAGCCGAUCAGCUCCUCCUGCUACGGCACUGAUGCCAACCGCAACUUUGACUUCCACUGGGGUGAGGUGGGCGCCUCCAGCUACUCCUGCUCUGAUACCUUCAAGGGUGAGACUGCCUUCUCCGAGCCGGAGACCCAGAUACUCCGCGAUCUCCUCUUGGACCUGACAGGACGCGGCAAGUUCUACCUGACGCUGCACUCGUACGGCAACUACCUGUUGUACCCCUGGGGAUACACUUCUGCCCUGCCCAGCACCUGGCGCGAUAUCGAUGAGGUAGCCCAGGCUGGUGCUGCUGCCAUCAAGAGCGCCACCGGAACCAAGUACACCGUGGGCAGCUCCACCAACGUCCUGUACGCGGCUGCCGGCGGCAGCGAUGACUAUGCCUUCGGUGUGGCCAACUUCCCCGUGUCCAUCACCAUGGAACUGCCGGCUGGUGGCACCGGUUUCAACCCCAGCGCCAGCCAGAUCCAGGGUUUCGUGUCGGAGACCUGGCUGGGCAUCCAGGCCAUGGCCAAGUUGGUCGUCCAGAAGUACUAGGCGAGUGCAAUAAACGCCAGCGUUGAUGAUAUUUUGUAA